CUCCGCCCUUCGAAUACGACUCCAUGAGCAUAAAUUGAAAGACAUUUCUCAUUCCUGCUAACCUCUCUGCUAAUCAACACAGCUCUUAGCACUCGAUGGCUUCUCCAGCAACACCUGCCGCCCACCGCGUCUUUGCAAUCGCCGAACUCUUCAAUCUCAUCCUCACCUUCGCGCGACCAGCCUCCCACCGUGUCUUCGAAAGCCUAACCCUCUUCGAUCAUAUCCUAAGCCUCGUCUCGCCCCAGGAUCUUCUUAUCUCCUGUCUGCGCGUCAGCCGAGAAUGGAACGACGCCAUAUCCAACAGUCUCAUCCUCCAACAGCGACUCUUCUUCAAACCCUGCGAUUACCCUGAUCCCUCCAAAGUAGACUGGGAUCCUGGUGUACCCAAUUCUCUAUUCUAUAGCCCAAACGAACCAGGUUAUACAGACUAUACCCUAAACCCGUUCUUGAUACGAGCCUUUCCCAGGUGGUUUUAUGCGCCCGACGAUAUGGCCCAGCAUUGUCGCGGCGACAACGAGAUCAGCGGCCGGGAUUUCGUGAAUCUGCCUUGGAAUAAGAAUCCCGAAGUCUGGCGGAGGAAAAAUGCGAGUUGGCGGAGAAUGGAGAUUGCGCAGCCGCCUUGUUUUUGGAUCAGUGUGCAGGCAUAUAAACCAGAUUUCCGCAUCUUAGACGGUGUGGAGAUCUUGCGUGAUGAAGAGGGUCAACUAUCCAAGGGGAGGGGGUUUACGGUGGGUGAGAUGUAUGAUUAUUUGGAGAGGGUAGCGAUGGAUCCUGAUGAGGAAGGAAUGGUGGCAGAUUUUGAGAUUCGGAUAAGGAGGGAGGCGUGGGAGGACGGAGAGACAGAGUUGCAGGUUACGUUGAGUUUUAGAGACGGAGAAGAGGAUGGGGACGAGUGGGAGGGGGAAGUUUGGGGGGAGGAACACAAGAGGAGGUUUCGGAGUGAGGCGUUUGAAGUUUUUGAUAUUGAGUUGUCCGAGGAGUAUCUUCCGCCUGUAGGAUGA